UCCGGCAGUGAUGACCUCCUCACGAGAACAUGCCUCUCGCCAAGGACCUCCUCCAUCCCUCUCCAGAAGAGGAGAAGAGGAAACACCAGAAGAAGCGCCCGAUGCAGAGCCCCAACUCCUACUUCAUGGACGCGAAGUGCCCAGGAUGCUAUAAAAUCACCACCGUCUUCAGCCAUGCCCAAACUGUAGUGUUGUGUGUUGACUGCUCCGCUGUCCUCUGUCAGCCCACAGGAGGAAAAGCAAGGCUUACAGAAGGACACUCCUUCAGAAGGAAGCAGCACUGAAAGCACCAUGAAUUAAGAUGAGUGAGGAACCAUCCCAAUAAACACAUUUUGGAUAC